UUUUCCGGCGCCGGCCCUGGGUCCCGGCAGCGGUGGUGACGGCGGGGCCGGAGGUUGUCCUUGGCAGAUUUUCCUCGGCUCUUCUACAUGGAGGAGGCGGUGCGCACGGCUUCAGCCCCGAAUGCUCGCACCUCCCCCUGGACGGCGACGAAGGCGGUGGCCGUGCGAGCGCAGGACUGGGCGGCCUGUGUGGGGGUGUGAGCCGCGGUGCCCCGGGCAGCGCCGCCGAAGGGAAGCCGCGCGGCCGGCCUGCCGACUAGGGCUCUCCCGGCUGUGAUCAACCUUCAGUUACAGAGAGAGGGAGCAGAGUGGGACCAGGUCUGAGAAGCAACUCAUUCGUUUCAGGACAUUCCCUCUGAUGUCCUGUUUUCAAACGGGUUGAAGACUGCUUCAUUCUGCCUCUAGUACCAGCGGUUUCUCUGUUCUGUGAUCAAUGUGAUUCACAGAAACUCCUUAAGUAACAAACGAAAUGAGCCAGGGGCGUGGAAAAUAUGACUUCUAUAUUGGUCUGGGAUUGGCUAUGAGCUCCAGCAUUUUCAUUGGAGGAAGUUUCAUUUUGAAAAAAAAAGGCCUUCUUCGACUGGCCAGGAAAGGCUCUAUGAGAGCAGGUCAAGGUGGCCAUGCAUAUCUUAAGGAAUGGUUGUGGUGGGCUGGACUGCUGUCAAUGGGAGCUGGUGAGGUGGCCAACUUUGCUGCAUAUGCGUUUGCACCAGCCACGCUAGUGACUCCACUAGGAGCUCUCAGUGUACUAGUAAGUGCCAUUCUUUCUUCAUACUUUCUAAAUGAAAGACUUAAUCUUCAUGGGAAAAUUGGGUGUUUGCUAAGUAUUCUAGGAUCUACAGUUAUGGUCAUUCAUGCUCCAAAGGAAGAGGAGAUUGAGACUUUAAAUGAAAUGUCUCACAAGCUGGGUGAUCCAGGUUUUGUGGUCUUUGCAACCCUUGUGGUCAUUGUGGCCUUGAUACUAAUCUUCGUGGUGGGUCCUCGCCAUGGACAGACCAACAUUCUCGUGUACAUAACAAUCUGCUCUGUGAUCGGCGCCUUUUCAGUCUCCUGUGUGAAGGGCCUGGGCAUUGCUCUCAAAGAGCUGUUUGCUGGAAAGCCUGUGCUGCGGCAUCCCCUGGCUUGGGUUCUGCUGCUGAGCCUCGUCGUCUGCGUGAGCACACAGAUUAAUUACCUAAAUAGGGCCCUGGAUAUAUUCAACACUUCCAUUGUGACUCCAAUAUAUUAUGUAUUCUUUACAACAUCAGUUUUAACUUGUUCAGCUAUUCUCUUUAAGGAGUGGCAAGAUAUGCCCGUUGACGAUGUCAUUGGUACUUUGAGCGGCUUCUUUACAAUCAUUGUGGGGAUAUUCUUGUUGCAUGCCUUUAAAGACGUCAGCUUUAGUCUAGCAAGUCUGCCUGUAUCUUUUCGAAAAGACGAGAAAGCAAUGAAUGGCAAUCUCUCUAAUAUGUAUGAAGUUCUUAAUAAUAAUGAAGAAAGCUUAACCUGUGGAAUCGAACAACACACUGGUGAAAAUGUCUCCCGAAGAAAUGGAAAUCUGACAGCUUUUUAAGAAAGGUGUCAUUAAAGGUUAAUCUGUGAUUGUUAUGAAGUGAAUUUGAGUACCAGAAUGUGUCUAAAAAAACAUUGUCCUCAAAAAUGUUCUUUAAAGGCAGUCUUUUUAAAGAUUUGACGAAUUAGGACCAAGAAAUUACUUCUAUUUAAACAAUGGUAGCUCACUAAAAUGACCUCAGCACAUGACGAUUUCUAUUAAUAUUGUAUUGUUGUAGAAUUAUUUUACAUUUUCAUUCCUUCUCCAAAAUCUGAAUGCACUAAUGACAGUUUUAAGUCUAUAAAAACGCUGUAUUUUUUCAUUCGUGACGAAAGUCUGAAAUGUGCAUUUGUCACCCCCACUCCAUCAAUCCCUGAACAUAUAAUAAGGGCUUUUUGAUUUUAAAAAAGAACCAUUAUCCCCACACAUUAUCCUGUGACUUACCUAUAAAAGUGGCUCCUGUUUGAUGAUUCGUUUUAUUUUUUGAAAUAAGGGAAAACUAAGUUGCUGAAUGAAGGAAACGUACAAAAUUUAAAAAAGGGCGGAAAUCACCCCAAGGAAGGAUUCUCAGGUUGAGAUGAUCACCGUGAAUCCGGCUUCCUGUGUGCAUUCAGCGGCCUUCUUGGCACCUCACCAAGCCAGUGCGUCCUGCCUGCUGCUGCAGCCUGGCCGGGUUUGUUCUUCAGUUACCCUAAUCCCAUGAUGCCUGGAACCUUGAUUACCGUUUUACAUCCGCUCUUGUACUUUUCAGUAUAUUUUCAUAAUGAGUUAUAUUGUCAUUUGGACUUUGAACAGCUCUGGGAAAUAGAAGACUAGGGUUAUUUCUUAAAUUUAGCUCAUGUUAUAAUAAAAAGUUGAAGUUCUUUUCUAAGUCUGAAUGCUUAGAACAAACAAAAUGUUUAUAACAUAUGGUCUCUUUGUACCAAAUACUUUGCUUAAGAGCUCCUUUGGGCCACUGCAUAGUUUGGUUUCUAGAAAAGGUUUAUGAAGACGUUGAUGGAAAAUUGCAAACAUAGGCAGAAAAGGUAGAAUGAUAAAAAAAGGUCUGAUGAA